AUGGGUCGAAAACGUGGUGGAGAAGGCGGUGGAGAGGGAGAUGCUCCGGCGCCACUUAGUGUUCCGGCAGGAGCCUUGGAUCCAGCAGCUUUAGGCUUCCCCCCUCCUCCAGGCUUUCCCGGAGCACCUGGUGGCCUGCCGCCGCCAGGUCUGCCACCUGCACCACCAGGCUUUCCCGCCCCAGCAGGUCUACCUCCCCUGCCAACUGCUCCACCAGCGCCUGGAGCCCCAGGGGCGCCAGGGGCCCCAGGGCCUACUGGGCCUCCCACGGCACCAGUAGGCCUUGGAGCUCCCACUGCGCAGUCCUUGUUGCCUCCGGGCCUAGCCGCUUUGGACCCUCGUGCACCGGGCUUCGGGCAACUGCAGCUGCCGCCUGGGCUUCAACUGCCAGGUGCUCCUGGAGGUGCUCGGCCCUUCCUGCCGCCGCCUCCUGGUGGGCUGCAGCUGCCGCCCGGCUUGGGGGGUUUGCCCGGACUGCCUGGGCUGCCGCCCGGGCUUGGGCAUCCGCCCAUGCCGAAGCUAGGGAUGCCACCACCAGGCUCCUUGGAUUCGGAGGCUUUGGCGCAGAUGAGGUUUCAGCAAGUGGCCACGGAGUACGAGCAGAUCAAAAGUGCUGGGAUCGAUCCGCAAGUGGCAGAGCUAGCUGAAUACCACAGCUUAGAUGAGCGAGCUACUCGCGCGCUUGAUGAAGAAAUGAAGAAGCGAAGAGAUACGUUUGAGUCUGAUUUGCAAGCUCUUUGGGUGGGGCUGGAAGGGGCAAAGAACCCAUCAGGAAUGCUGAUGAUGAAGCUAAAAGAUAUGCGCAUGGGCACGUUCAAAGGGAUGACGGCACUUGACAAGAAGAUUCACGACUUCGCCAAGAGAAACCGCUUGGAUGCGCAGGCUGCCGUGAAGCUGGCUGAGGUCCUUCAAAACCGCGCAGACAUCGACAAUGACUUGGCGAAGCUCGCUAAGCACUUGGAAAGAUCCAACAAGCCGUCGUCCCUGGUGAUGAUGAUGCUUCGGGACCUCCGUGAGGGGAAACCCAUCAAGGACCCUGAAUACCAGCCUGCGAUUGGCAGUAAGGUUCACGAACGUGAGCUGCGGCAAGCCAUGAAGGAGAAGGAUAGGAGCCGGAGUCGAGGAAGAGGAGGUCACAGGGAUAGAGGUGAUAGACGUGACGGCGAUAGACGUGACGGAGAUAGAGGUGAUCGAGGUGGACGUGAUCGUGAUCGCGAUCGUGACCGGGACCGGCGAGGAGACGAUCGACGAGAUCGCGAGCGCGGGGGGGAUCGUGAAGGCAGGGAUGUUGUGCGUCGCCUCACCUGA